CUGAGGCUACUCGAUCCACUCAUGAGGCUGCGAAACUUCGUGCGCCAUGCUCGCGUCACUCGAAAUGCGCGGCUGCCUAUGUUCAGCAACCGCAAACGCUACCAGUAUGAGCGUUUGCCCUCGCCUACUUGUAUACGCCUGUUGGAACUCCUGCCAGUGACAAGUAACGGUGUCAUUCGUUGCUCGCUAAAGAUGACUGAGCUCGAAGAUGCGCCCUCCUUCAAAGCUCUGUCAUACACAUGGGGUAGUCCGCAAAAUAGCUCAACAACAGGAACACCGAGUCAUAAUGCAGUAGGACGAGGACCUGCGUCGACCAACGAAGUGAACUCAACCCGCCAGCACACCAUCAUAUGCGAUGACUGCCUUCUGAAGGUCACCAGUAACCUUCGAGAUGCAUUGCAAAUGCUCAGCAACGCCAUCAACAUGCCACACAUGCCUAAAACACCGACCUACUACUGGAUAGACUUUUUGUGCAUGAAUCAAGCAGACAUUGAGGAGAGAAAUGCUCAGGUUGCCCGUAUGGGGGACGUGUUUAAGAAGGCCGAUGGCGUUGUCGUAUGGCUCGGCAAAGAAGACCAGUACACGCUGGAUGCUCUUACCACCAUGCGGAGGGUAGCAGCUAUCCCUGAGAAAUACUGGCCGCUAGUUCCUUACACAUCCUUCUAUAAUUCCGGAGAGAGCCAGCUAGUAUCCUCUACCGGUCUCACCUUCUACAACUGGCUAGGGUUCAUAGUCCUCAUCAACCGCCCAUGGUUCAAGAGGGCUUGGGUCGUUCAAGAGAUCGCACUUGGCAAAUCAGCUCUGGUAGUCUGUGGUACCAAAGUCUUUCCUUGGGAGAUUCUAUCCAAAACGCUCUCUUUCGUCAAGCUUACGAGGUGGUAUCAUCAUCUCCAUGCAGACAAAUUGAAGCAUGUAAAAGAGCUACGGAACCAUCCUGGCAUCUACACGCACAUUCUCAAGUCGAAGCUAGCUGUCGGCAUCAGCCCUCUAUAUCUCAAUGAUACUCGGCUGUUCGCAUCGUCACUGACCAAGGAUAACGGUCAAGCGAUCAAGCAACCGUCGUUCCGGAACCUGCUCGACAAGCACCGCUUUUCAGAGUCUUCAGAUCCCAGGGACAAGGUGUAUGCCUUUCUCGGCUUGGCCAACAGGAACAUGUCUCCAUUUCGUACGGAGCCUAACGCACUUACACCGGACUACAAUCUAAGUGUGCAAGAGGUCUUCACUCAAACUACAGUGGUACUCAUGUCAUCCUACAAGAACCUUUCGUGGUUGUCACACGUGGAAGACGCCUCACAAAGACGGAUAUCAGGGUUACCAUCCUGGGUGCCCGACUUGAGCGUACCGCUUCAACCUUACCCGCUUCGUUACCGUGGUCCCGCGUACUGGCAUGCUGCCGGAAAUCGCGCCUGGCGUCCGGAUGUAGCAAACAUGAAAAGAGGGCUACUCCCGGUCCGAGGACAUCGUUUAGAUCAGAUCGAUCAGACCUCGCUGCUUGUCGACGAAUCGGAAGACCCUCCAGCUGUGUGGGCAAGCAUCGUGAACCUAGCUCUUGCACUUGACUUACCCUACCCCGACCCUGGUGCAACUGGCAAGGCGCCAUCGCGUGUCGAAGUACUGUGGCGAACGUUGACUACCGACAUCUACAACCACACGUAUCCAGCUCCCUUAGAAACCGGUCAAUUAUUCAUUGACUAUAUUCUAAACCUUCAGAUCCGGCAUCGCUUGACUCCGUGGUCCAGCGCCGACGAUUUCCAACCCCACCAUUCGCCAUUAACAGAGUCUGUAUAUCCGGAUUGGCGCAGACUCCUUGAGCUGGAACCACCGGACUCGCCGUACAGCUUCGACUCGUACCAUAAGCGCUUAAUUGCCGUGGUAGAGAGUAUGUUCAACGGCACAUACUCGCCAAUCGGGCUUGCGCAGCUACAGCACGAGAUCGAUCAAAGCGCAGGCCGACAGCGAAGACUGUUCAAAACACGCAGAGGGUUCAUGGGCACUGGAGCAAGAUCGCUGCGGGUAGGCGACGAAGUCUGGGUGCUGUAUCGUGGCGGUCUUCCCUUUGUGCUGCGCCCCAUGCCCAAUGGCUAUUAUCGCCUUGUCGGAGAGUCAUUUGUGUACGGAGUAAUGCACGGCGAGGCUCUGAGGAUGGAUCUUUGGCGAGAGAAUAUUGUUCUUGAGUAGGAUGCUUGGGUCGGUGACAUUGGAAACAAAACGUUCAGCCACUCGACCUGUUCAUGUGCUUUUCGCCGCCAUAGCAGCUGCGC